AUUACUUUCUCGCACUUCUCGUCACGAAAAGGAUAAAGUCAAGUCAUCGGCGCUCGAGGUCUCGGUUUAAGAUUCGGUGUAAGACGUUUUCCAAUACCUCACAUGACUUUGAGAUUUGCUCGGACCUCCGUGUCUUCCUGGUGUUACAUCUCUUACCUAGGUACAUUGAGCAACAGCAUCCCACAAACAGGAACAAGUGAUUAAAAGAGCUCAAAGACGACUUCCAGUCACGUCUCUUCCUAAGCAGCUUGAUUGAACAGCAUCUUCACAACAAUACCAUUCCCACCAUGGUUCCACCUCUCAUCACCCUCGAAGAGCACUUCAUCGCCACCGAUGCCCUUCCAAACUUCUCAGGCAAAUACUCAGAACAGCUCAAGCAUGUUACAGGCCUAGCAGACAAGCUGGCCGACCUAGGAAACCUCCGCAUCAAUAACAUGGACAUCGGCAAGAUCUCUCUCCAAGUCAUCUCGCAUGGACCCUUCGGACACUCUCCGUCUCAAUGCCGAGCCGCAAACGAACAAUUAUCAGCAGCAGUGAAAGCCAAUCCAUCGCGAUUCGCAGGAUUCGCGACCCUUCCGAUGGCUGAUCCCAAGGCAGCUGCAGAAGAGCUUACCUAUGCGAUCAAAGACUUGAAGUUCGUGGGGGCAUUGAUUGACAACCAUUGCGAUGGGAAAUAUUACGAUGGUGAAGAAUAUCGGGAUUUCUUCAAGACCGUACAGGAACUAGAUGUCCCAAUCUAUUUCCACCCCACCUGGCCAAGUGAAGAUAUGACUCCCCGCUACUCCGGAAACUUCUCUACGGGAGCCGAGCUGAGCUUGGGAGCGUCGGGAUUUGGAUGGCAUUCCGAAGUAGCUUUACAUAUCUUAAGACUCUUCGCAAGUGGACUGUUCGACCUGUAUCCGAAGCUCAACAUCGUCAUUGGACAUUUUGGGGAGAUGUUACCUUUCAUGCUUGGUCGCAUUCAGGAAUUGAGUCCGAGGUGGGGUAAGUUGGAGAGAAAUUUCAAGCAGGUUUGGGAUGAGAACAUUUGGAUUACUACGAGUGGAAUCUGGAGCCUGGAUCCGAUGGCGACGAUUUUGAGGAACACUAAGAUUGAGAGGAUCUUGUAUUCUGUGGAUUAUCCGUUUGCUAGGAAUGAGAGGGGGUUGGAGUGGAUGGAGGAAUUGGAAGCGAGCGCUAUGGUGACGAAGGAACAGUUGGAGAUGAUCGCGUACAAGAAUUCAGAGGCCUUGUUGAAAGUCAAGCUUACGGGGCAAUAAACUGGUAAAGGAUUGAUAACACCAUGCAUGUUUUUUAUGUAUUGCUAAGCAAAUUCCAGAAAGCAUAAAUUGUUUCCCC